GAAUCACCUUUUUAAAAAGAUAAGUGAAUUAAUCAGUUACAAAUAAACUAAUAUAAUUUCGAAUAGCAUUUUAGAUUUUAGAUCAACUUACUGCCGGAAUCAUUUUCAUUUCUCUGCUACAAUGUCUUUCACAAGAACAAACGCUGGAGAGCCUCUGAUCCAUGAUUUACUCCGGCCUUGGUUUUUAGCGUCUCCCGUACUACAAUUAUACCCGAAUGAAAACCGAGAGUCUUUAAAAAAAACAAAACACCGCAGCUGUUAUUUUUACAACUACCAGAGUGAGAAGAUGGCCGACAGAUGGAUUCCGCCCCGCCAAACAAUCCAGAAUUCGUCGUUCAAACAUGUAAAGGAGGGUUCGGACGGCCUUUGUCGAUGUUUCGAAGUGUCGCUUGUUUUCGCCCAGUUGAAACAUUGGGCAAUAACCCACCUUCAUUAUUAUUCCUGGCACGUCUCCCGACAACAUCUUCUCCCUGCAUCAUGUAUACUGCUGGAGCUGCUGGACGAGUUGUGUGAACUUCGUUUCUUGGCAACACGACAUUUCAGAUUUUCAGUGUUAAAAAACAACAAAAACAAAACAGUAAUGAACCAGUUUCUCGCCGAGUGAACGAAUUUUAC